AUGGCAACUAACCAGGUGUGGCCUCCAGGUGACAAGGAGCAUGGUGAUACAGAGACUGUGUAUUCAAGAGUUCCAACCGAGGAGAGGAGACCAAGGAUGGACUCCUCAGAUGAUGAGACAGACCUUUAUGUUGAUGCGUUUUCCACUGUCCAAGUUGACACGCUGAUGCGCCAGAGUCAAGGUCAAAAUGGCAAUACAGGUAUGAAUUUUCAGACUAGUACGGAUGGGUUGUUAGGCGGGGAUGCUCCAGAGUAUGAUGUAGUUAAGGCCCCACUGGGGUUAUAUGAUAUCUCCAAACCUGUAGCAGAAAUGUGGGAACCAAUGCCACUUUCCCAAGAUGUUAUUUUACGAUCAUCUCUUGGUCCUGUUAAACAGUCCUGUGGACAGUCACGGGAUGGUGGCAUAGUGUAUGAUCUUGCCUCACAUUCUACCUUUCCUGUUUAUGAAUUGGCUAAAAAUGUAGCAAGGUCGCCUUCUUAUGAGGAACCCGAAGAGCCUCUUCCUGAGCUAAAGAUUAUCGAGGAGGAAAACCGGACGCUAGAGGAGAACUUUUAUGAAGCUGUUUGUGAAGAUGAUGGUGUAAAAUGUAGUGAGCAGGGACCUGAACAGAUUGGUGUUAACAAAGAUAAGGAUACAAAAUAUACAACGGAAAAUAGAGAAUCACAGGAUGUCAUGGACAAAGAAGGUUUGACACAGACACCUGAUGUAGAACCUCCGAUACAGGAGGCACAAACCAGUCUUCCACAAGGAGAAAGUGUGAAAGUUCUAAGUGAUGUCAACUAUAAAACAGAUGAUAAAUUUAUCUAUGAUUUAGCAAAACCAAUUACAGACAAUACCAGUAUUUCUGAAGUAGAUGACAAGGUUUUACAAGUGAAAGUUGAGGAGGAGGUAGCACCAAAACCAUUAUGUAGAAAGGAAAGCUUGCAAAGGACGUUAUCAGUUGGAGCCAGUGGCGUGUAUGAGGAGAUAGUGUUGCCAGAUAAACUCCCUCAGACAGAUAAAACCUCACUUAAAUCCAAAGCUAAAAAGAAGCAAUCUUCACGAGGGAAAUCGCAGAAGGGAGGUAAUAAAUGGGAUACACUCAAGAGAGGGACUGCGCCAAGUCAGAGGGUACCGGGAUGGUCUCAAGACUCUUCUGACGGGACUCUGUAUACAGAUGUCUAUUAUCCAGGAGAGUUACUUAAAGGAGGACUUUUUGACCGUAUGAAAAUUCGAGGAAGUGUCAGUAAGAAAACCGACAAAUCUUCUCCAGAGGAAAACAGUCCAUGUCUACCAGUCAAACUGGACACCAAAAGACAUCCUCCUCCAGAACUGCCUGCUCCUCCAGCUAAUCUGACUCAGUUACAGAACAAGAAGAGGAAGGUUGUAGAGAGCAUAAUCAACAGUGAGAAAUCCUAUAUAGAUUCUCUGAACCGAGUGGUCAAUGUAUAUAAGGAACCUCUGCUUUCCACUUUUGGGUUGGAGGCUAAGGAGGCAAAAGUCAAGGAUGUAUUUAACAAGACACAUGAGAUCCUAAACUAUCACCUAAUGUUCCAACUGGAGCUGGCAGAAUGUGUCAAAAACUGGGACACCACAGAAAAGAUUGGAGACAUUUUCACAGCUUCUUUUUCUAGGGCCAUGGUUGUGGAUGUAUACAGUGACUAUGUAAACAAGUUCUCUACUGCAAUGGAGGAGAUCAAACGGGCUCAGAACGCAAAUCCGGGAAUUCGUAAAUUCUUACAGGAACAAGAGCAAACCACUUCUGACCGUCUGUCCAUAUUUGGUCUGAUGGUAAAGCCAGUCCAGAGAUUUCCUCAGUUUAUCAUGUUUAUGCAGGACCUGCUGAAGUACACACCACCGAACCACCAUGACCGAUGUGCCCUACAGAGAGCUCUCACUGAAUUAGAGAAUGUGGCACACCGCCUUAAUGAGAGCAAGCGUGACAGUGAACAGUACCUGGAGGCAAAGCGUCUCCUCAAAAAGCUUGGCAGGACAUAUCCUGAACGCUCUCAAAAACUCCUUCGUCAGGAUGACUUUGAACAGAUGGCCAAUGCCUCUGGAGAGAUUCAGAUGAAGAAACGGCGCCUCAUCUUAAUGGACGAUUGUCUCAUGGUGAUUGGAUACAGGGAUACUGAGGACCGACGAACUGCAGAACAACUCAAGGUGAAAAGUUGUUGUGCUCUGGUGAAUUUAGAGUUAAAGGAUAGCUCUAUCUCUCCUGAUAUGCAGAGUAACAUUUUCACUUCUAAUCGACGUACCUCAAUACAGACAAAGACUCCAUUAAAACCAGAGGAUGACCCCUUCCACUUGUACAACGACCUCAGCAAUAUGAUGCAUGACCUUUCUGUCCUUGGUAAGAUUGGUGCCCUGGUCUCAUCGCUACAGAAUACGUAUGAGGGUUUGAGUGAGGAUGUUGUGAUUGAGGUAACACGAGACCUUCAACAAAUGAUUCAAGUCAAGGACCAACAGCUACAACUUCUUAAUAGCUGUACAAUAAACGUCCAUGAUAUGUUCAAGAAUGUGCGAUACACCUUCCAAACAUCAACUCCCGAGAUGAAACAGGAAUGGUGUAAAGAGUUCCUGAUGGCUAAGUUUGCUCUAGAGCCGCAGAACAACCCAGGCUGGCUGAAGGCAGAGGACACAAACUCUCUACAGCCUGCAGUCUUUAUGAAGUCUGUCUGUGUGGACAUGCCUCGUAAUUAUACAAAGAUGAAGUGUGCAGUACCUGUUUUUCUGUCUGCCCCCGGAACCAUUGAUAUUGGUAUUCAACAUUUGUGGGUUGUCAUGACAACAGAGAAACGAUCACAGGUGGCGCUGGUGUCCACCCAAUCAACAAAGCCUGCCCUUGUGGAGUCCUUCCAGGCUAUGGAUGUGGAGGCUGUGGCUGUAGAGAUGGUCCAGGGGUAUGCGACUGUUGAAACGGAGGAUGCGUUUGUGGAGGAUACAGUUUGGAUGUCUACCGUCUCCUCUCAAAUCAUGGUGUUCCGUUUGUUUAACGAAGCUGGAAGAAGAGACCUGUCAACCACGGCCAGAAAACCAGUCACACAUUUCUUCUGUCAUGGCAUUGCUAUUGUGAUUCGAGCCAUGGAUGACCGAGUAUUUGUUGGAUGUAAUAAUGGAAAUUUGGUCAUAUACGACCGAGAUGAAGAAGGGAGAUGGAACUUUCGUUCACCAAAGAUAACACCGAUUGAUAGUAUGCCAAUCCGUAGUAUCCUGGUGAUGGAGGAGGAGAUUUGGUUAUCGUGUCGGGACUAUGUCUACAUUAUACAGUAUGAGGAAAAUACAUACAGUGAGAAGGUGAGAAUGAGCUCCAAUGAAGGAGGAUCAGAGAUCAUGGAGAUGGUUCGAUCCGGUGUGGGAUUAUGGGUAUCGUACAAGGACCAAUCACGAGUCAGCCUCUUCCACAUCGAAACCAAGCAAAAUUUACAGGAAGUGAAUGUAAAGGGUGCAGUGGAAAGGAUGGUAUCAAGUUGUAUAGUUUGUUACCUGUUACAGGUUGUAUAAAUAGUUUGUCUAAUGGCAAGUCGAGGCUAUCUCUGGAUCGGCACGAAUGUAGGAAUCAUUUUGACAGUGUCCCUACCACGACUUAAGGAUGGUGUCCCUCGUUACUGGGACAAACCCUGGGUCUCCUGCCAUGCACACAAUGGCCCUGUCAGACUUCUUAUCCCUGUCUACUGUGACACUGUCAAUCUGUGGCAGUUUGUUGAUGGGGCCAAUCAGAUGGCACAAAAUGAGUCGUGUCAGAAUGGUGAUGCUGCCAGUGAGCAGCUGAAAUCUAGUUCUGUAGAAACAGACAUUUCAAUACAGAAGGAGAAUGUAGGGGUUCAAGUUUUACCUAAUGAGAAAGGGGAGGUACUUAUCCCUCAGAACAUUUCCCAUAUGACCUUACGGGCUGAUGAAACUGAGGUUGUGUCCUCUAAAUCUCUACAGGGGCGGUAUUUGAGAAAUCCCCAGAGUUCUCUUCCUUUUAGAAAGGAGUUACUGGAAACAGUGCAAAAGAAACGUUUAGGUACAGUGAGGAAGUCUAACCUCCUAGAUAAGGUGUCUUCUGAGGAUGAAGUCAAUUUGUAUUACCGUGACCUUAUGACCUUUGAUGAAGGUUCAGAUUCGAGCAAAAAUUCAGACCUUUCUGAAAACAUGUAUGGUAAAGAACUGACAAAUAAGCAAGGCGAUGUUAAAGGUCAAAGUGACUCUGGUAAAGGUCAAGGUGAUACAAAUGUACAAAAAGGCAACAAGGAAGAGAAAGCAAAAAAAUCAUUUAGUUUGCGAAAAACUUUGUCACUUCAAUCAAAGAACAAAUCACCAAAUGUUAGAACCUCGCUAUCACUUAAACUUCCACCAGGGGAGCAUAAUGGCCCUCGAAUGAAGGCUAUUAGUACGUUGUCUAAACGCAACUGCAAUGCAGUGAUUGUGAUUAGUGGAGGAGAUGGUUAUCUGGACUGGAAACGACCACCAGCUGAACAACAGAAAGAACACCUCCGCAAUGAUGAAUCUUCUCUGAUGAUGUGGAUGUAUAAAUUUUAGAGAAUUGGUUGUAGUAAUUUCUGGAUAAGAAACAAUGGGUUUUUAUCCCUCCUUGUUGCACAAUGAAGUCUUGGUAUGUGUUCAGCAACUUUUAUCAAUCUAAUAAUGUUUAAGUUUUUAUGUUUUAUUGACCAACAAAGCAAGAAGAUAUAAAUAUCCAACACAUUUUA